GAAUAUCUCUCGCAUGAUCUUCCUCACCAACUAUCACCAGAUGAAAUUUUCCUUGCACCUGGUGCUAAUCAAGCGAUUGAAGUUGUAAUGUCCGUCCUUGCUCGCCCUGGUGCCAACAUAUUGCUCUCUAGACCAGGGUAUCCAUUUUAUGAAGCUCGUGCUGCGUGUAGCAAUCUUGAGGUCCGCCAUUUUGAUCUUCUCACAGAAAAGGGCUGGGAAGUUGAUCUUGAAAGCGUAGAAGCCCUCGUUGAUGAUAACACCAUUGCAAUAAUCAUCAUUAAUCCUGGAAAUCCUUGUGGAAAUGUUUUUACGUCCGAACACUUGCAAGAGAUUGCGGAGACAGCAAAAAAGCUAGGAAUCCUAGAGAUUGCAGAUGAAGUCUAUAGCCACCUAUGUUUUGGUAACAAUCCCUUUGUGUCAAUGGGAGUAUAUUGAUCAAUUACUCCGAUGUUAACUCUCGGGUCAAUAGCAAAACAAUGGAUCGUUCCUGGAUGGCGACUUGGUUGGAUAGCAAUGAUUGAUCCUAGUGGCGUCCUUAAGAAGUCUGGGAUUGCUGAAUGCCUUCAAGAUUAUCUUGAAUACAGUGCUAAUCCUGCAACGAUCAUUCAGGGAGCAGUACCUCACCUCCUCGAGAAAACAAGCAAGGAUUUCUUUUCAAACAUCAACAACAUACUGAAGGAAGCUGUCGAGGCAUUUUAUACCAAAGUUCAGGAGAUACCUUGCUUAACCUGCCCGUAUAAACCAAAGGGAGCAAUGUGCGUAAUGAUCAAAUUGAACCUGUCAUUUUUGGAAGGCAUAAAUGAUGAUAUGGAAUUCUGCACUAAGCUAGCCCAUUUAGAAUCAGUUAUUAUUCUGCCAGGAAUGAUCGUGGGACUAAAGAAUUGGUUGAGGGUAACUUUUGCCAUGGAGCCAGCCAUUCUUGAAGAAGGACUUGAGAGGAUAAAAGCUUUCUGCUUGAGGCAUACAAUUAGUAGCUAAAAUAUUUAGUGUUGCCAUUUGAUAAACAAUGUUGGUCAAAUCUUUCAUUUGUGAAGUGUUAAAAAUGGAAGGACUUGUUUUUUAGACCACCUACAUUUUUAUUUUUAUUUUGGUUUGAUGUCCAUUUGAACAACAAUAUACUCAAUGUAUUUCUACAAGAAGGGUUUGAGAAG